AUGCAUGCAGUAGAGGACAAGUCGGGGUUGGAACCGGAUUCCCGACAGGAAAGCCGAGAUGCGCUGCCCAGAGGCCUCAAGCAGGCAGCGGCCACGUCUCUCCACUGUCAGAAGUCUUCCUCCUCGGUGCCUGCUGAGGACCGAGCCCGCGCGGGGUCACCGGGCGCCGCGGAGACGAGCAGGCGGGACGCUGCCGUGAUGCCGGUCUCCACUCGCUUCGGAGGGGCCUCGCCUCUGUCCGGCCGCCCCCACCCGGGGCCACUGAGGAGGGGGCCACUGAGGAGAGGGCAGCGGAGGAGCGGCGGUUUGCCAUCUCGGUUCAGGAGUAAGUCAAGUUACCUGAGGUCUUGUUGUAAGCAAAGAAUCCAUGGAUAUAUUAAAGAGGUGCACGCUCGUGCCUCUGUGAUGAACAGAGUGGCUCAAAAAGAAUUAAAACGAGUUCUCACCUCUAUGUGCCGAAAACUCAAGUCAAAGAAGUAUAACAGCAGCUAUUUCGACAGAAAAGCAAAGGCCAGUGACAGGCUCUGCAAUUUAGAAGGCUGGUUCACCUGUCAGGGCCCCUUUGACCUGGAGAUGUGUCUUUACAAGCAUUACAUAAACCCCUAUAGCAAAAGGGAGAGCCGGCUCCUCUUCAGCACCUGGAACCUGGAUCAUAUAAUAGAGAGGCGAAUUGUGGUGCGUACACUUCUGAAGGCAGUUCAGCAAAGGAGGAAGAUCAACUGUGCAUAUUUCUAUAAUUUACUCUUUACGUCUGAUAACCUGAAGCUGGUUCACAUUGCUUGCCAUAAGAAGACAGCGCACAAGCUUCAGUGUGACCAUAAUAAGAUCUACCGGCCCUUGGCAAGAUCCAAGAAGCAGUCGCCAUCUAGGGAAGAAAGGCCUGUCUGCAGGAAGCUCCUGCAGGAGCAGCACCUGGGGUGA